GGGAUUCUAAUGAAGGAAGUUCAUAUUGCGCAUAAUCAGAAGAUGGCGGCAAAUUUUAGGAGUUGUAGCAUUCUGACAGCGUAAGAAGUUACCGUAAAAAAUGAUCUGAAAUUGAACUAUUGAUUAUACAUACUUUGAACCGACGCCAGAGACAAUGGAUGACAAGGAUGAUGAUCAUGAUGGAACCUUUGCGUCACUGGACCUGUAUGACGACUUGAUAACAGAUGAGGGAAUAAGUCGCCAAGACAAUUAUGAUGAGUUGUCUAGGAAGUAUGAUGAUGCUGUAUUAAAGAUUCAGAAGUUAGAGUCCGAGGUGGAUACUCUGCGAAAAUCGGAGUCCAAACUUUCUGAGAGAUGUGGAGUUCUGGAGAAAAACAUUUCCACUUUGUUCCUGACAGCACGUCUGGAACUUCAGCGCAAGGACAAAGUUAUACAGCACUACAAACACAUGAAGAACCCAAGAAACCAAACGGGAUCUACAUUUGCUAUGAAUCCAGUGUUAAACAGAGUUGUCAGAAAAAAUCGCUGGGAGCAGUCUGAAAGUGAGAAAGAUAGUGUCACAUGCAUAGCGGACAAGGGAAAGACCAAAAGACGCCUCUCAAGUGACGACAGAGAGGAAAAAGUUCAGAAAAAGCGCAAGUUCUCGGACAAAGCUGCUAAUUUUGGGGAAGAGAAUGUCACCAGAUGCGAAAAUGUUUCUAGGACAGAAAACUGCAGACAGAAUGCUGCAAGAAAAAUACUUGAAAAGAGUAAGAAAGACGUACAGCGCAGGUCAAGUGUAGAAAAGUCAAUAAUACAUCUAAAGGACAAGAACAGUGAAAAUAUUGAUAGAGAGAAAGUUAAAGGAAGCAGAGAAGAUGGAUGUUCAGCGAAUAAAUCAAGAAAAAAUGAAAAGAAAGACAGAGAUGAAAAGAAAAGAAGACAUACUGCGGAGAAUGGGAAAAGAAAUGAGACAAAAGGAAAGAACGAACUCUCAGAAAUCAUUAUGGGAAAAGACAAUCUUGUUGAAGAAAAUGUGAACAAGAAACCAGAUUCAAGCAGUGUUUGUGACUUAAGGGAAAAACUCAGACUAAAGCGAAUGAGAGAAGAGAAAAAUAUCAACAAAGACAAUUUAUUGGAAAGGGAGAAAAUGAAAUCCCUGGAAGAAAUUUCAUCUCCAAAAAAUAGAUCAAGAAGCCGGACAGCUGAAGCAAAAUCUCCUAUCAGUCUUAAAUCUUCGAUUAGUCAUAAAUCUCUGGUUGGUCAUCCAGCAAAAUCUUUGGAUGCAAAUGAGAGUGAUCAUGAACGGCAGGGAAAAGCUGAAUAUCUAUCCCCUGUUUCCAAACCAAGAUUGGAACACGGCAGGCAGGUCACGCCAAAGACAAAGUCUGUUGUAGAAAAAGUGCCCAAUCACAACUCUGACAAGAUUCAUAGUCACUCGAAAGGUCUUCAUAGCAAAGGUUGGUUCAAACAAGCAUUGUAAAGAUGAAAUUUCACACUCAGACCAAUCUUCUCAUCCAGUUAUUCCAGUGAAGAAGUCUAGUUCAUUGGAGACAUCUUUAUCGGACGGUAUUGAAAAAUGUCCUACAGCAAAGGUGAAGGAUGUCUGCACAAGUUCAAAGAAAGUUUCAUCUUCCUCAUCACAUUCUGAGACUAGCUCAACUUCGAAAAAAUCCAGAACAGACUCUAUUGAUUUUUGUGAUCCUUCUGAAGUUGAAAACCGAAACUCGCUGUCUUCACUAGUACUGAAAAUUGAUGAA